AUGUCCCAGCCUAUCUCCGACGCCCUCCUCACCCAGAUCCUCGGCCAGCUCGAGGCCCUCCAGGUCUCGCAGCAGGCGCUGCAGGCCAAGGUGCGCACGCCCACCUCGUUGUCCAGCAUCGCGCCCACAGCGAUCUCUCCAUCCGGCCCGCUAAGCCAUGGACAGAGCACCACAUCGACCUCAGCCGUCGGGACGGGCUCGGAUAACGGCGUCAUCGGCGACAAGGAGCGCGAAAGGCUGCUGUACCCAGGGAGAGUACUGCUGACAACGUACCCCGACCAGUCUGGCAUCAAGCCCUACCACCUCAACUGGGGCGUGGCGGAUCCUGCCGUACGCGGGCCCAUCAUCUGCUCGCGCCUGCCGUCCUCGAUCAAGCAGCGCAACGCGAUCGGCGCGCACUCGGGCUCAUACUCGAUCUACCGCGCAUUGGCCAUCGCGAUGGGCACGCUCGCGCCGUCGCACAAGCCGGACUACUCCAAGACGGAGCCGGCCGUGCCGAUCCCGCCGCAGCCCGCGUGGGCGGACCCGACCAAGAUCGUCUCGUUCGACCCGUGGGGGCACGUCGUCCCGCAGGCGUUCCGCCGCGAGCUCGAGGAGCUCGGGCUGGACGUGCGCCCGAGCAUCGCAGUCACCAGGGGGCACCUGAAGCUGAGCGAGAUCGACGAGACGGCGCGCAAGGGCGACCUCAAAGUCGACGGGAAGAUCCUCCUCAAGAGCAUGCCUCUGAGAAAUGCGGAUGGGACAGAGAGCACGGCGGACCCGGGCGUGGAGAUUGCGAUCAACAAGGCUGCGGUGGAGCCUGUGUGGUAUCUUCCUGGUGUUGCAGAGCGGUUCGGCAUCUCAGAAAGCCUUCUGCGCCGUGCUCUGUUUGAGGACACGGGAGGAAUGUACCCUGAACUGAUCACUCGACCCGACAUCAAGGUUUUCCUCCCGCCAAUCGGCAACUUGACCGCGUACAUCUUCGGUAACCCUGCAUACCUCUCAGACGAGUCAAAGGAGCUGACUCUUCGGGUGCAUGAUGAAUGUAACGGAUCUGACGUCUUUGGAUCGGACAUCUGUACGUGCAAGCCCUAUCUGACAUACGCGAUCGAAGAAUGUGUGCGCGGCGCACAGCGCGGAGGCGUUGGGCUCGUCGUUUACUUCCGCAAGGAAGGCCGCGCUCUUGGCGAGGUGACCAAGUACCUGGUGUACAACUUGCGCAAGCGUGGCGGUGACUCCGCGGACAAGUACUUCAAGGCCACAGAGCUCAUCGCCGGCGUGAAGGAUAUGCGCUUCCAGGCGCUGAUGCCGGACGUUCUACACUGGCUAGGCAUCAAGAAGAUUGACAACAUGGUUUCGAUGAGUGACAUGAAAUACAACGCCAUCGUGCAGUCGGGCAUCCCGAUCCUCAAGCGAUACGACAUUCCCGAAUACCUGCUGCCGCCAGAUGCGCGUGUCGAGAUCGAUGCCAAGAUCGCUUCUGGGUACUUCACGAGCGGCAAGGCCGUCACCGAAGCCGAUCUCAUAAAGACAGUAGGCAGAACCUGGGAAGAGACAGAACACUGAGCCAGGUGUGUUACGCCAGCGUGCGUGCGUGUUGCGACCAUCUAUAAAUUUGUAUAAAUCUGGAACGAUGUAAUGAUACACUAUCCGACCGUGUAAAGCUAC